AUGGCGAGCUUUGUUUUCUCUUGGAGUGGAGCCGAGGGUGAGGCCUGGGCAUGGAGGAGAUUAUGGGUUUGGGAGGAGGAGAUGUUAGAGGAGUGUAGGACUUUACUAUUUGAUGUUUCUCUGCAUGUUGAUGUUACAGAUCAGUGGUUGUGGCUCCCUGACCCUUUAGAGGGUUACUCAGUUCGGGGUGCAUAUCAUGUGUUGACUUCAAAAGACUUACCUCUUGUGGAUUCAACAGCGGAGAUGAUUUGGCAUAGACAGGUUCCUCUGAAGGUAUCAGUUUUUGCUUGGAGAUUGCUUCGUGACAGAUUUCCCACUAAAUUCAAUCUGGUUAAUAGAAGUGUCAUCUCUUCAGAAGCCGCUGUAUGUGUUUCAGGUUGCGGUUCUAUAGAAUCGGCGCAACAUUUAAUGUUAUUUUACUCUACUUUUGCUUCUUUAUGGCCCUUGGUUUGUGAUUGGAUUGGUUUUAUGGGGGUGGAUUCCAAUGUCUUAUUUGACCAUUUUGUUCAGUUUGUUCAUUCAACAGGUGUUAGUAAGGCUCGAAAGUCGUUUCUUCGACUAAUUUGGCUUCCUUGUGCUUGGGUCUUAUGGACUGAAUGUAACAAUAGGUUAUUUAAUAAUACUAUUACUCCUAUUUCCAGGUUGCUGAACAAAGUAAAAUAUUUGUCUUUAGGAUGGCUGAAAGCCAAAAAGGCCACCUUUAUGUAUGGUACCGAUAGGUGGUGGUCAAGCCCUUUUUAA